AUGGGAGACAACUGCAUGUUUCAACAUUCUCCUUUGCCGCUGCAGCUGCCCCUACCCGCUGCUGCUGCUGCGACAGCAGCGGCACGCGGGCCACGCAGACGAGGCAUCCCCAUCGCAGAAGACCACCGCCAGCAGCAGCAACAGCAGCAGCAGCAACAGCAGCAACAGCAGCAGCAGCGGAGGCAAGGGGAGCGGGAACGUCGGGUCCCCAUACACCACUACUGGCAGCGUUGGCAGGAGCCUCUUCGCGAGAUAGCACUGCGAGAAGACUAUGCUGAGCCCUCUGACGCCUUUGAAUUACCCUCAAGUUUCUACAAUUUUGAAGGCCCUCAUAUUUCUUCUCCCCCUACUCCUCAGCAGGAAAGGGGUCCUGCUGUCUCUGAUAAUGCAGAGCAGAGACACAGGCCUCCUCGGUCUUCGCUUCAAGAGCAGAGGCCUCGCCCCCGUACAGGGGAGGUCUUUCUUAUGCAUGUCUAUGAGAGAAAGACAUAA